AUGUUGGCGGAGAUCACACGGCCCUGGGUCUUAAUGGCCAUAUCCGCCGCAUGCUUCUUCCUCACAAUCUUCAAACUCAUUGCGGCCUUUGACCUGCGGACGCUGGCCUCCUGGCCCAAGUUCAAGGAGACCUGGUUCGGCGUCCUCUGGACCUACGUGGCCCCCAUCACCAAGAAGGCCGGGCUGCCCAAGGUCCUCCCCCUCGUCGAGGGCCGCGUCCGCAACGGCGAGGUCCACGACAAGGUCGUUAGCCAGCCCCUCCACGGCACCGUCCUCGAGGUCGGCGCGGGUAGCGGGCUCUGGACGGACGCGUACAAGAAGGUCGCCGACGAGGCAAAGCGCACGGGAAAGCCAGGUCCCACCAAGAUCUACGGCGUCGAGCCGAACCACAUGUCGGCGGCGACGCUGAGGCAGCACGUCAAGGAGAUCGGCCUGGACCACGUCUACGAGGUCGUGCCCGUUGGGAUCGAGGAUCUGGGCAACCCCGAUGCCUGGGGUGCGACCAUCGAGCCCGAGAGCGUCGACUGCAUCGUCACCGUCCAGUGCCUGUGCAGCAUCCCCGAGCCUGAGAAGAACGUGGCUCUUCUGUACAACUACUUGAAGAAGGGGGGCAGGUGGUAUGUCUACGAGCACGUUCGGAAUGACCGUGGCGGUCUCUGGUAUUUUUUCCAAUCUUUUACCGACUUUUUCUGGAAAUACAUGAUGGGCGGGUGUCGUUUGUGUCUUAAUACGGAGAAGACCCUGACCCAUACCGCCAUGUGGGAUAAGAUUGACCUCGCCCAGCCACCGGAGGAGCCUUCUUACCAAAUGGUGCCCCAUAUAUAUGGCACACUGGUGAAAUAG